AUGAUAUUUGACAAAGAACUUGCAAAAUUAUCUUUACCACCUGAACUCCUCUUGUUCCCAGGAGAAACCGUGGAAUUUUCAUUAAAAACCGACGCCAUAAAAUUGUUUGUAUCUACGGCUGAUGGAGGGUUUACGGAAUAUGGUGGGAAACCUUAUGAAAACUAUGACUUAAUCGAUGCUGUGACUGAAUCAAUCGUUGUGAUAUCCAAUUAUCGUACAUGCUAUCAACCUAUAAGAACUUCUUCGACUCAUGAUUCAUCUCUAUUGUAUUCGCCAUGUGUGCCUUUCAUUCAUAUCCCACAUCUUACUAUCAAUAAUAUUGAGCAUUCUGCAAUGCAAAUAACCAUUUCGCAGAAAUUCUCAUCCUCAAAAUAUCUUUUUAAAUUUUCGAAACCGAAACCUUCAACUACUUCUGGUAAUUUCAUAAAUAUUCGAACCACGGCUAUAUCAUUAUGUGAAGAUUUUCUCACUAUCUUGAAAAAGUUCGCGCAGCCAACCAGUGUGGAGAACGUGUUUGCGUUUAGGAUGGGCGAGAAGGUGUUCCAACUGAAUUCCAAUAAAGUAACCGAGGUUAAAAAUAUAAUGACAAAAGAGUCAAAAAGUCAUAAACUGACUUUAGAAGAACAAAUCUUCGAUGAUCUAUUUGGAGAUAAUAGUAGUUCGGAUGACACUGACAAUGAAGUUGAAUCAAAAGGGAUUGAUGAAAAGGUAUAUAAAACGAUGCAAAUACUUGGGUGGUCAAAGGGCUAUCGUAUCCAAAAAGAAUUUGAGCGUAUGCAAAUGAAUCCUGAUUCUUGGUGUAUCGCAUCAGUCAAUGAUGACUUUACAUUAUCACCAACUUACCCUCAAGAUUUCAUAUUACCUUCAAAAAUUUUAAAAGCUGCUUCUUCAACUGAUUCGGAUUCUUCAGAAAACCCUCCAAUUUCAGUAGCAUCGCAACCAACUUCGAUGUUCUUUCGUAAUCUCGCACGAUUUCGUUCGCGUGGUCGUUUUCCAGUUAUAUGUUGGAAAAAAGGACUUCAUGUAUUAAUGCGUAGUGGACAACCAAUGACAGGUUUUCUUGGAACACGUGGAUUUGAAGACGAAUUAUUAAUUCGUGAAGUUCUCAGAGCUGUAAAUGAUGAACAACACAAUAUUAUUGCUGCAUCUAAAGGAAAUAGUCGAAGGAUGAAAAACAGCUUUGUACCUUACAGUCGAACUUCAAACAUGUCAGGGGCACAAUAUAAUACAAAAGUCUCUACGAAGAUAUGUAUUUUGGACGCAAGAGGGUAUGCAUCUGCUUUUUCAAAUGGAUGUGGCGGUGGUGGUUAUGAAAAUGCAGAAAACUAUCCAACAAAUACAUCUUUAAAUUUUCUCGGUCUCUCUAAUAUUCACACAAUUUCCUCUUCACACGAUUCGUUAUUACGUGCAAUCUCUGCAAGUUCGACUUCGUCCAAUUGGUAUUCUGUAUUAGAAUCGACCUUAUGGCUUAGUCACGUUGCAGAUUUAUUAAAAGCUGCUGGAGGACGUGAUGGAGUUGUUGGGAAGAUUGUUGAUGAUGACGCGAGUGUAUUAGUUCAUUGUACAGACGGCUGGGAUAGAACAACUCAAUUAGUGUCGUUAGCUCAGAUAAUGUUGGAUCCAUAUUAUCGUACAAUAAAGGGGAUGCAAGUUUUAAUCGAAAAAGAAUGGGUUGCGUUUGGGCAUCCGUUUCGAGCGCGUGGUGACCUCCCAAGCACUUUGUUAAGUAGCGACUCACGAAAACAUAAUUCAGAUAAAUACCCAUCGUCUAGUUUCAAUGUACAACCAGCACAAGUACAAAGUACACCUGCGCCCGUUUUCCUCCUGUUUCUCACAUGUGUCCACCAUCUAGUACAACAGUUUCCCGCGGCGUUCGAGUACAAUGAUUUCUUUUUGUUGUGUCUCGCACGUGCAGGAGCAGGAAAUUCUCCGUUUGGUGAUUUUCUAUGUAAUUCGGAAUGUGAACGCGAUUGUCUUCGUCUACGCGAAAGAACCACAAGUAUAUGGGGAUGGGUAAGAGAACGAAAACAAUGGUUUCGAAAUGCAGGGUAUCAACGACCGCGAAAACAUGAGAUUCACUAUCAUAGUGAUGGAACUAUAAAUCAAAGUUCAUGGAAGAAAAUGGUCCUGCGUCCUGACACCGAAGCUAGAAUGAUUACGCUAUGGGCAGAAUAUUAUUUCCCAAAGGAUGAUUUAUCAAUUCCAUUGUUAUCUACGCCCAGCGGUGCAGAAUUUAUUGUGCCUCAUGGAAUGCAUAUUCCUCCGGCUCAUCAUUCUUAUCAAGUCGGCGGAUUUCCAAAAGAAUAUUAUCUUGUGAGUUUAUUUGUGAAGAGAAGACAGCGUAAGAUAGUCGAAAAAGUUUGGCGUACAUGGCGAUCUUUAGUCUUGGAAAAAAAGAGAAAAAGACAACAGCAGCUGCAUCAAAAUCAUCGUGAUUCACUAGAUGAACAAGAAACAAAAUGUGAACAAAAGAAAUCAAAAAUCCUUCGACAAGAAGAUAAAGACGAUAAAUGGGACAUAGAAGAAAUGGUAGUGACAGGAGAAGAUGGUGACGGCAAUAAUGAAACCGAUUCUCCUCAAUCUGAAUUACUUCACCAAAUGAAAAAAAUCGAUGAUUCACGGGUAUUUUUAAUGGUAAAAACGCCUGCGGAUAAUAAUAGGCUAGUCGGUGGGGGGAUACGACAACAAAGAAAAUCUUCAACUGACUCUACAUCUACAUUAUCAACAUCGGGAGGAAGAUCUCAAAGUCCUAAUAGUGAAAAUUCGUCGUUAAGUGAUGAUGAUGAUUACGAAAUCCACCAAGAAAAUAAAGAAAAGGCUUUGAUAUGGCGAGAAACAGAACAAUAUGAACCAAAUCUGGCUGUUAGAGAACUUUUUGAUAGUCAUUUACAAGAAUGGGUUGAAUUAGCACGGCAAAACGAUGUAACACCAGUGAUAAAUGAAUUCGAUCAUGAUAGUGACAUUGCGGACCUCUUAAGAGAAGCGCAAAUGGAUAGCGAUAAUUCUUUAGGGGGAAGUAAUAAAAACACAAUUGAAGAAUUAUUAAUGGAAGCUCAGACAGAUACAAGCCCCGCAAUGGAUAUACGCAGUCACGACAUUGAUAAUACCACAAAAAUGACAUUAUGUCUUGAUGGUAUUCAUGAUUCAAAUUGUAAUCACAAUACAAUUUGCAAUACUUUACACAAUAACAACACGUCUGUUACUACUACUGUCAUCAACAAAAGAACCAAUUCUCUAUCCUCAAUCACCAACGCCACUACCAUGAGCACCAUCACAUCGAAAUUGUCAUCAAAUUCCCCAAUAAAAACAAUACCGCCAACACCACGAAAGUAUGUCGAUGUAAAUGAAUUCUCUACGGCAUUCGAACGACCGAUUAAAAAAUCAUCGAGCGUCAAUGGCGUUAGUCUCAGUACACGAAAUAGUAUGCAAGAUCUAGGCGA